GUAAAUUGGUUGAUUUGUGGGAGAAUGAGCUUUGAGAUGAGUCAUGAGACCCUGUACUUGGCAGUGAAGCUGGUGGAUCACUACCUAAUGGAGGUAGUAUGCAAGAAAGAUCAGCUACAACUUCUUGGUUCCACUGCCUUUCUGAUUGCAGCAAAAUUUGAGGAACCCUGUGAACCUUGUGUGGGUGACUUCCUGUACAUCUGUGAUGGUAUUUAUCAGCGACAUGAGAUGCUCACCCUGGAAACCGGCAUCCUGAAAACCCUCAAAUUUGACAUCAACAUUCCCACCGCGUACCACUUUCUGCGCAGAUAUGCUUGGUGUGUCCGUGCCAGCAUGAAGACACUGACCUUGUCCCGCUUCAUCUGCGAGAUGACCCUGCAGGAGUACGACUAUAUUCAGGAGAGGGCUUCCAAGCUAGCUGCUGGUUCCUUGCUCCUGGCCCUUUACAUGAAGAAGCUCGGACAUUGGGCCCCUGCCCUGGAGUAUUAUAGUGGCUACAAGACCUCUGAGCUUCACCCCUUGGUCAGGCAGCUGAACAUCCUGCUGACUUUCCAUUCUUGCAGUAGUCUCAAGACUGUGUAUUCCAAGUAUUCUCAGCAUGUCUUUUUUGAAGUCACCAAAAUCCCCCCCUUGGACAUGUUGAAGCUGGAGGAGAUUUUGAAUUGCUAAUUGUGAGGCUGAGGGCCUGGUACUCAGACAGCAGCCACCAGGGCCAGGCAGGCAUGUUAACAGGCUAUAUUUAUUCCAUGCUUGAAUUUGUCGUUUGAUCACUAUUCUUUACUUUUCCUCUCUGUUUAUAUUUUCCCAAACUGAUAAUGUUGUAAAUAUUUAAAUUGUUUUUAUAAAAGAGAAGAAAUUAUCAUAUUUGACUAGAAACUUAAUAAAAAAAUUAACGAUUGUUGUUA